GACCAACACCUUCCGUCCAGGCCUUUCUCCGCGUGAGCUACAGCGACUUGUUCAACGCAGCGGUCGAGUCGCAUACGUCCUUGCUCACCAUGGUGCCCGUUCCCACGGAAAUCACCAACAUGGUUGAUGGGGUCAUGUCGGCAAAGAAGCCUGUGACGAAGAAGCGAAGGACUACUACGAAGGGCGGGACCGAUGUUGCAGAGCCAGUGUCCUUCGCAGAAACACUUAUCAAGCUCAAGGAAGAGGCCGAGGCUGCGGGAAGUUCCGGGACGAGCGAAGAUUUGUGGCCUCGACCCGAGCUCGACAGAAUAGAUCCAGAGAUCGACUCAAUUGUCUUUCAGCAGAUCGACAUUGAAGAGUCGGGCAUGCCCGGUCAGGUGCCGGCCAUCAGCAUCUAUGGUGUCACCGCAAAGGGCAACUCCGUUCGCGCUCACGUUCAUGGCUUCCUUCCUUACUUUUUCAUCCACGCUCCCCGGAACUUCCAACAAAACCACUGCAGAGACUUCCAAAAUCACCUGAAUACCCUCUUUGGUCAUCGUGCAGUCCAGGAAGUAUCGCUGUGCAGCAAAAAGAGUCUCAUGAACUACACGGGAAGCGAGAAUGUCGCCUUCCUCAAGAUUACAGUGUCGGACCAGAGGGGCCUGCCCAAAGUCAGAGGGGCUCUCGAGAGGGGCGAGGUGUCCUUCCGCGAUUUCUUCACCUCAGGAGAGUCUCUCUUGAGCUAUGAGAAUAUUGCCUACUCGCUCCGCUUCAUGAUCGAUCUCAAGAUCGUCGGCAUGAACUGGUUGGAAAUCAAAGCGGGCCACUAUAAGCUGAGAGAGGAGCAGAGAAAAACGGCUUUGACGCAAAUUGAGCUCGACUGCGAGCCAGAUGCAAUCGUCUCGUACGCCCCCGAGGGCGAGUGGCAGAAGAUUGCUCCCUUGCGCAUCAUGAGCUUCGACAUUGAAUGCGCGGGGCGCAAGGGCGUCUUUCCCGAGCCGCAAGAGGACCCCGUCAUCCAGAUUGCGGCUAUGGUGACCCGACAGGGGGAGCCGGCUCCGUUCAUCAAGAACGUCUUCACACUCAACUCGUGCUCGCCCAUCGUUGGGUCUCAGGUGCUGUCGUUUGAUCGCGAGGUAGACCUGCUCGAGGCGUGGGCCCACUUCGUACAGAUCUGCGACCCAGAUGUCGUCAUUGGCUACAACAUUGCCAACUUCGACUUCCCGUACCUUCUCGACCGAGCGAAGGCGCUGAAAGCGACAAAAUUUCCAUACCUUGGGAGAGAGAAAGGCACCAAGACCGAGGCAAAGGACACGCACUUUUCGUCCAAGGCAUACGGCACCCGAGACUCGAAGCACACCGAGCUUCAAGGGCGCAUCCAGCUCGAUCUUCUUGAUGUCAUGCGGCGAGACCACAAGCUGCGCAGCUACUCCCUCAAUUCCGUUUCAUUCGAAUUUCUGGGUGAACAAAAGGAGGACGUACACCACUCGCUCAUCACUGAGCUUCAAAACGGUGGGCCCGAAGCAAGACGACGAUUGGCAGUGUACUGCCUGAAGGACGCUUACCUGCCGCAAAGAUUGAUGGACAAGCUCAUGUGCUUCAUCAAUUACAUCGAGAUGGCCCGUGUGACGGGCGUGCCUUUCAAUUACCUCCUGUCUCGAGGCCAGCAAAUCAAGGUCGUCUCUCAGCUCUUUCGCAAAGCUAACGAGGAGAAUUACCUGGUCCCUUCAUUAAAGGGCGAAGGCACCGACGAUCAGUAUGAAGGCGCCACUGUCCUGGAGCCAAAGCAAGGCUACUACGACAAGCCCGUGGCCACGCUCGAUUUUGCGUCGCUUUAUCCAUCUAUCAUGAUGGCGCAUAAUUUGUGCUACACGACUCUCCUCAACAAGGCCACUAUCGAUCGAUUGGGUCUGGUCAAAGACAAGGACUACGUGAUGACGCCCAACAACAACUACUUCGUCAAGUCGGAGGUCCGAAAAGGCCUCCUACCAAUUGUCUUGGAAGACCUGCUGUCGGCGAGAAAACGGGCCAAGGCUGAUCUGAAGAAGGAGACGGAUCCCUUCAAGCGCGCUGUCUUGGACGGUCGACAACUGGCCCUCAAGAUCAGCGCUAAUUCCGUCUACGGUUUCACUGGUGCCACCGUUGGCAAGCUGCCAUGUCUGGAGAUCUCGAUGAGUGUCACAGCCUACGGAAGAAAAAUGAUCGAGGCGACCAAGGCACAAGUCGAGUCGCAGUACACCAUCGCCAAUGGGUACGAAAAUGACGCCGAGGUCAUCUACGGCGACACAGACUCGGUCAUGGUCAAGUUUGGCACCGACAAUCUGAAGAGAGCCAUGGAACUUGGUGCCGAAGCUGCGGCCAACGUGUCAAACACUUUCACCAAGCCUAUCAAGCUUGAGUUCGAAAAGUGCUACUUCCCCUACCUCCUCAUCUCCAAGAAGCGAUACGCCGGUCUCUACUGGACCAACGCCGACAAGUACGACAAGAUGGACACCAAGGGCAUCGAGACCGUCCGAAGAGACAACUGUCGCUUGGUGCAGACGCUCAUUGACACGUGUCUACGGAAGAUGCUCAUCGAUCGCGACGUCAAGGGCGCUGAAGAGUUCGUCAAGAGGACCAUCUCCGACCUACUGCAGAACAAAGUCGACAUGUCGCAGCUCGUCAUCAGCAAGCAGCUUGCCAAGGCCGACUACGCUGCGAAACAGGCGCACACUGAGCUGGCCGAGAGGAUGCGAAAGCGAGACCCGGGCUCUGCGCCGGCCCUGGGCGAUCGAGUGCCUUUCGUCAUCGUCAAGGGCGCUAAAGGCGCAGCAGCAUACGAGCGCUCUGAAGACCCCCUCUAUGUCCUGGAGCACGGUGUGCCUGUCGAUAGUCGCUACUACCUCGACAACCAGCUAUCGAAGCCCCUGAUGCGCAUUUUCGAGCCCAUCAUGGGUGUAAAGGCGAAUACGCUCCUCAAUGGCCCGCAUACGAGGGUGGUGCAAAAUGCGACGAGCAACGUCGGCGCCCUGAUGAAAUUUGCAGUCAAGCAAGAGACCUGUCUUGGCUGCCGAACUCCACUCAAAGAUCCAAAACAACCAGUGUGCGAUCGCUGUAGACCGAGAGUGCACGAAAUUUACGCACAGAAGCUCGUGGCUUCGUCGCAGGCGGACAUUGAGUGGGCGCGCAUGUGGACAACGUGUCAGCGAUGCGCAGGCACUGUAGCGACGGACGUGCUGUGCACGAACUCGGACUGCGUCAUCUUCUUCCGACGAAAGAGGGCACAAAAGGACGCAGAAGAGGCUUCAAAGACCCUAUCGAGGUUUGAUGUCUCUUGGUGAUUGCACUUUCUCAUUGUUUCGAACGUCUAUCUGCAGCAGAGACGUCCAUAUCUAGAUCAGCCGUCGUCACUCCCUUCGAUGUCAUUUCUCGCAAGCCUUGGCAUGUCAUUUCUCCGAUGUAAUAAUAUCAAUUUGGCAACUCUUUCGCCAACGACAAAGUAUCCCCCAUCCUACAGGUCAUCGUCGCUCUCGUCGACUGCUUCCUCAUCCGCCAAGUCGAUCUCGUCGGAGAUCUCGACAACGUCAACAGCCUUGUCGGGGAAGAACUUCUUUGAGAUUGCUUCCUGUGCGAGGCUACGCAACUGUACACAUCGGCUUGAUGUUAGC